GGGGGGGGGGGGGGCAUUCGACAGCCGGACUUUACAGCUCCAACAACAUAGAGGAGGGGGUGCACUUAUAGGAUUGUAUUACUUUAUCAGACAGCGUUGUCUUCAAGAUUUCUCAAAUGACUCAAGGGAAAAAUGUACGUGCGUAAGUGUCUGCAGAGAACCACGUUGGCCAUCCUCCCUGGCCUGCGCUACAUCACUGAUUUUAUUUUCUGUAUUUCUUCCCGUUAUAUUUAGCAUUUAUUUCCAAAAUAUGCCGAUUCCAUCGCUUCAAACACCGCACUACGUACACUUUCAAAUAAAUUCACCCUUGAGUUGUCACCAUGUUCUUAUGCUUGGUAGGCCAGUCCAAUGGCUUGCGUCCAAAGUCUUGCCACUGAACACGGGGAGGGCUGUGCUACUGUGUGAUUUAGGUAGUUUCAAGUUGUUGGGGUGGACGAUUAAUAUCGCAGGAACCUGAAACUGCCUGAAUCAAUCCAGUGGAACGUGCAUCAAAGCCCACACGUAAUGGACCGAGGCGGGAACCAACAAGACGUCAGAGACGUUUGGCUUGAACUUGGUAAGUUGUGUAAAAGAAGUAGCACCGCUAUUUUAAUACUUUUCUUCAGUUGUUUUUGCCAUAUUCAGCUGUUUUUUUGUAUGGUCGCCAUCUUACCUCCUGUAGCCAAUCCCAACCUGUUGCAUGAGGCGUAUAACGAAUUCCUUACUAAGGUUGCUUUGUGACCACCAGUUCAUUUGCAGUCGUAGGGCCCUUAUGAAAAGAGACGCCCAGUAGUAGUAAAUCAGGACAAAACAUGGCAAAGGGCUUUGCUUCAUUUUCGCACCGGCUUGAUUUUACUUUGCGCCAGGGAGUGAACCAGUGUGCACAGAGCUCCAUUUUAUAGCACAUUAACUUUCAACCAUCUCAGUACAUUUUCACACUGAUAUAUGACGUCCUCCCCGUGUGUAUUGAAAUCUCGUUUCGAAAUUAAAAUAGUAGUUGAUAUAUUGCAAGGGAUUAUAAAUAAAAGUCAAGAGUGUAUACUUUUCCAUCUUCCUUUCACUUGUUUUGUGUCUGUUUUAUAUAAGGUAGACUAAUAGUAUUGUGGACGCGUGCUAUAGCUCUACACAUAUGCAGCUGUGUUUAUGAAGAAUCAGAAGAGAUAAGGUAUUCACACUUAUCAUAAUAAGCCAUGGCCAUAGUGUGUUUUAUGAGUCUGUAUUUAGAAAUAGAUAUUUAGAUUGGGGAUAUUUGGGAUAGUCUAACUAUGAUUCGUCUGUCUCGUGUGUCUGCGCGCAGUGUUUCGUGUUUGUUUGCGCGCGCGCGCGCGUGUGUGUUUCGUGGUUCAGGCCUACGACUUUGUUUCCAUACUUGUUUGUGGCAACAUACUGCGGUUUGAAUCACCUCUAUAUUUUUCAGGUAAUGUAACAUUGCUUUUAAUUCAUUAAACCUCUCCAUAGCAAUUGAGCUAACAGAAAUGUUUCUGUGCCAGUUGCCAAUAACCUCAACAAUUUCUCUAAAUAAAUCAUUCAAGAGAAGAAGAAUCUGCUAUCCACAACAAAAUACUUUAUAGAGUAAAUGAAAUAGAAACAAUAAGCAUCUUGUUUAAAAAAGAACAUUUUAUCAGAAUAUUUCCGGUUUGGAAUCAAAGAAGAAAGUAACUGUCCGUGAUGGAACCGUCGCAGAGUGACAAUGAAAAACAUAUACAAUAAAACAUUACAAAAUCCCAAUUCACAAACACCCCUCUUUAGUGUAACAAGUUUGUUUUGACAGUGGGUUUUCAUAGAUUGUCUGAGCCCAUAUUAAUUAUCUUCCACAAUUUGUCGAACAUAAUAAAGAGAAAUUUAUAAAACGUUACCUGGACUAGGCAGCGAGUGGUCGGUUCUGACCUACGAUGUCGCAAUAUAAACAAUCAAACAGUAUAUUUAAAUAUAUUUAAGUAUAAGAGCUGCAUCUUCAUUGCACUUUAUUUUAAUAGCAUUCAUUUUAUGAUUUAUGUGUUGUAUUUGUGCUGUUAACAACACAAGAUUUAUUUGCGUUCCGUAAUUUUAAUAGCCUAACUUUCUUUUUUCCCCCCCGUUAUCUCCAUUCUUGGUUGGGUGUCCCAGUAAUGGUGUCCCUUAGCGAUUCAUGAAGGUAUAGAGGUAUACUCUACUAAAGUUGUUUACGUUUCUACGCGUUUCCCAAACCAUCUCUUAAGAGUUCCCCUGAGAUAAACCUUCCUACAUAUACCUUAAGAGGCUGAAUCAAUGUUUCUGGAAUCGAUUAUUGUCAUUCACGUAUGUUUGAGCAUGCAUAACAUCAGUAUUAUGGCCAUGACUCGGAGCGCAGGUGAGAUCAGCAAGAAAUACUAUGCAAGUCAAAAUAAAAUAAAAAAGUUCCCAGAUAAAGACGACUGUAGGAUGUUACUCAUACAUUUGUAUUCGCAAGGGAUUCAAAAUGAACAGCUAUGUAAUUUAUGCCUAUGUUUCUUAUUUAAUAAAGCACAAAAUGUAAUGCAACACAUAUGUCCAGACACUAACACAACACAUAUAUUGCCUUUGUCCAGACACUAACACAACAUUUGUAUGCUCUAAAAUGUUAGUUUUAUCUGAAACUGUGUUAAGGUAUAACUAAGAGUGGUCCAGACCAACCUUACGAAAGUAUCUCUUAGAGAAGGUAUAAGCCUUCCUUAGCUUAGGACGUUCUGGGAAACACCUGGAAACCUUAAGGUAGGCUACUGCCUAAGGUAUAAAUUAAGUACAAAACUUACCCUGGAUUUGUUAAUAAACUUCGGAUGAAUUUAAUAUCCCAAUAUCUUAUAUGGAGUAAUGCACGAUUUAAUAUCACUAACAUUAAUAACAGUUAGGUCUGAUACAAUAUAGGCCAAGGGGUAGAUGAAUAAAAUAGACGUUUAAAAUGAACAAUCCUACAAAUAUUAAAAAACAACACUGGACUUUGAUGAGGCAUAUCACGCACACACGGACACAAAUCUCAAACCCUUAGUGUGGAAGUGUGGAAGUGAGGAAGCUCAUGGCGUGGUUCACGUUGAAAUGAUCACAUUCCUCUCCUCUCAUUCAGUCUGCCCCAACAACUAUGGUUCCAUUUUGACGCCAGCAGCUAGUUCGCCAUAUAGCUCUAUACAUAAAUCCCAUUUUUUUUCUCGACCUCUUCAGGAAGUAAUAUUUUAGUCAUCUGACCCGUCAUCUUGUAUAGUAUUCUGUUGGAAUAGGAUUAGUCUAGGCCUUAGUGGCAGGAUAUGGAGGCAGUGUGUUGAGCAGCCCAGGCUUUGUAGCAGUCUUAACAGUUAACAGACUGUUUGUAGACUACAGUUUAGUAAAAAACCAUAUUAGGCAUACAAAUACAAAAAUAACUUUAAUAAUUGUGUUAAGAACUGCAUGUAGUUUGUCGACAAAGCCCAACGCAGAAGAGCAGGAAGGGAUAAAACAAUGACAUGUUGGCAUUUCAUUCCUUUAUGGCUUACACCCCUACUCUUAUCACGACGAAAUCUGACGAACCACGUGAAAUACCUUGUACACCGAAGAUUUAUUUGGUCCACUGGAGAUUGAGACGUCAUAAACUUUUGAACUUGUUGACCCUUUUGAACGUUGACAGCUGUCUAAUACAGCUACCUAGCAGAAGAUACAGUCAGUCUUAUCCAUAUGCGCUGGAGAAAAGAACGCUGUUUAAUAAAACACCACAGAACGCACACUGAUUAGGGUAACAUCAGUAUCAAAUCCUACAAAAACAAAACAAUGCAAUCAUAUUUUUGUUGUUUUUGUGAGACCUUUGGUGUGUAGCUGUUUCUUUGAAGUAACUAAUUCACUAACUUAAAAAGGAGAAAUGCAGAGCGUUUGGUGUCAGGGAUAACCGCUUAUGAUGCAAUGUUAAGCGCACCCACAACAAUUACCUUUAAUGUCAAGCUCUUUAAGCGAUCAUAGUGCAUCUGGAAAGACAUUUUAGUUUUCGAUAUUCUCAUGUCUACUUUCUGUACCAUCUCCCAAUUCCAAUACACAAAAGGAGUCUAAGUAAUAAAACAUAUUCAAAAACUUUGCAAUGGCUAUUUCACAUAGGAGCAAUUAUUUGCCUAAUUUUGUCAUGAAUUGUACAGUGUUUAACAUAAACUGUCCCAGAUAUGCAACGGGAAUUGAUUUACGCUUUUAGAAUUAUGAAACCAGCAAUGAUGCAUUUGUGUGCUGUUUUCAUCCUUAGUUGCUGUCCUCGGAUAGGCGACACACUUUAAAUGAAAAACAAAUAUUGUAAGUAUUUUAAGAUGUGUUCUAUUUCCAAGCAGAAUAGUUUUGGUUAGGAUAAUUGCAAUGAGCGUUCGGAGGCUCUUUACUUUGGAUAUUUACUGGCCUACAUUUUGCGGUGAGAAGACAUUCUUGUGGGGGUUAAAGAAAAAUGUAUCUCAUUAUACUUUUGGCACUGUUUGCUGUUGUAAUGGAGCAAAGUGCGUCAAAUUAUCACCAGCACUGUGCAAUAGAUUCUGUACACAUUUGUAAACACAACACAAGAACUAUGCCAGUGUAGUAUAGUUAAAAGCCAUGGUGCUCAUAAAUAUGCUGCUGCUCCUGUCGCAAAAGCUCACAACGUCGAAGUUUAACAGUUCAAAACACCAAACUGAAAGUGAUAACAUGGCCCGACUCAUCGUUUGCACUAUGCAGAUCUCUAGGCUUCAAAUAAAGAACGGCCUGAAUCUUAAAUUGAAGUUGCUCGGUGAGGCAAAAUGGUUUCUCGCCGCGACGCGGUAGGAGCAGGGAAGUCUGCAUCGAGGCCACGGCAUCGCUCUUCAAUGCCAAGUCAUUCAAAAUGGGCGAUGAACAGGACUAAAAUAUACUUCACCGGUUCCAAACUGUGGCCCUAGAGAACUCCUCACAUGUCGCUGUUUGACCUCGUAACGCCUCGCAAUGUUUCAUUAUGUUAAAGUUAUCUAUCCAGUUGAAAUUCUUCCGUGUUUAGGCUACUUAUUAGGUACUGCGAGAAGAGAGUGCGUUUCGGUUGGUGGGAGGAAUGCUGAAGUAGAGUCGUUUACGGUCUCCGCCACAGGCAGUAUAUCAGGUCUAUAAAAAUCAAAGCUGCCUGAUGUAGUAUUUUAUUAUAGUAUUAAACGACCAAAAAGUUCAAGUACUUUCUUCUAUAAAUACACGGGAUUGUCGCGCGGUGGUGUUUAAUACCCUCGUUAAGAAAAAUUACUGUUAAUUUUCCAAUAAGGCACUAUUUUAGCCUGACGCCCCUCUGGUGAAAUGGGUCACGGCAUUAGUUAGAGAAAAUAAACAAUUGUCCGAGGAUAAAACGCAUCACAGAAGUGUUAUGACAUAACAUCGCGUCGUUAGAAAUAGAUGAACUUGGAUAGGCCAAUGGCUUUAGCAUUCGUAAUGUAUGUGUUAGAUUUGGAAAGCUGCGGAUAAUUUCAUGUGCUGGAUGAAAUAGACAGAUGUGGCAAAGCCUUUUUUUUUUUUUACUUCUGUUUCUCACGUUUAAACAGAUAUGCAAAUCAGGUGAGCCAAAAUAAGAUGAUUGUCCCUUUUAUUUGUUCCUCAUUGUUCCCACACACGCAUGUCCACAUAAUGUCAGUGCGAUGCAAAUUUUAAGUGGAAUUUUCAUCGCCAGUCGGUAGAUAUAGUGUGAUGUAUAGACACACUCCCAUUUUGCAUAUUGCAUAAACAAGACAAUUUAUUUAGAGGGAAAAUAUGGAUAGCGCGAGAGGAGGAGAGCUCGCGCAGCCCCUGGCGGAGUGAUUUACGCCCCAUUGACGCUUUAUCAGGCUCGUGAAAAAAGUCUGACCAAUCAUUUAGCUCGGCGCUCACAACACAGCAGCCUGGCUCUACUUUGUUGGCUAGAGAGUUGAAGGAGUAGCGUGGAAAAAAAUACCCAGUUUUCUCUUACAUGUUUUCCCUUCAAUGAACCGUGCGUUGUAUAAUGUCCGAGAAUGUCCAUUUCUGGAACUCUAAGCAACUACUAUGUCGAUUCCAUCAUAAGUCAUGAGAAUGAAGAUCCAACCUCGGCCAGGUUCUCCAAUUUGCAGUAUUCCAGCUCCAGGCCACCGGGACAUGGCGAGCAUCCCGAAUUUCCCUCCUGCAGUUUUCAACCCAAACCUCCCGUUUUCAGUUCUUCUUGGAGCCCGUUCAGUCCCCAUGCCUCCAACAGCUUACCGGCGGUGUACCACCCGUACAUACCAACUCAGCCCGUGCCUUCCACGGACAGCCGAUACCUCCGCUCAUGGCUCGACUGCGCGCCGCGAACUGCCGAGUCCCUACCCGGACAAGGGCAGGUCAAGAUGGAGCCGCUACUGGGGCAUCUCGGGGAGCCCACCAAAAUCGGGGGACACGAAUUCAUUUUGGAAUCCUCCUCGUCAAGGGAGCUGAAUCCCGGCCAGGGCACCGGGUUCGAAGACAAUAAGGACAUUUGCGAAGGUAGCGAGGACAAAGAGGGGCCAGAUCAAAGUUCCCAUCCUUGCAGCGCUGCGGAUAACGGGUCUGCCCUGUCUCGUACAGAUCCAUCUGCCAACUGGUUACAUGCCCGGUCAUCUCGGAAAAAACGCUGCCCAUACAGCAAAUACCAAACCCUGGAGCUCGAGAAGGAGUUCCUCUUCAAUAUGUAUCUAACGAGAGAUCGGAGGCACGAGGUAGCUCGCUUGCUGAACUUGACGGAGCGACAAGUGAAAAUAUGGUUUCAAAAUCGACGGAUGAAAAUGAAGAAAAUGAAUAAGGAUCAGCCGAAGGAAUAAGGAGGGAUGCCACCCCCCUUCCCCCUCACACACACACGCACACAUACACACACGCGCGCGCACACACACACACACACACACACACACACUCAAAUGCCUUGUCGGAUCCGUUUCUCGAUGGUGAUGAUGCAUAGAGUGUCUGUCUUUCAUUUUCUUCUUUUUGAUAUAAUAAAAUGCACACUUAUUACUGGGCAGCACACCAACUGUUGAAAACGGGAAGGGUUGUCGCAAGGGCACGUCGCACGGGCUCAGACUCUUGAAGGCGACUUUUAUCACUUAUUUCUUGUUUGACGCACUGCGCCGGCGCUCCACCAGGACAGGCAGGAGGGCGUUGAAACAUGAGCUUCAUGUGACCAUGAAUACAUAUGAAAAAUGGUGGAUUCUCAUCGUGUCUGCUACCUACAUUUUUUUUUCUUGGAUUUAUUUUUAAUCAUUCCUUUUUAACACUAAUCCUCUUUUAUGAUGUUUUAUAAUUUAGAAACAAAAUGAAGUACAGCGAGAUUAUUUGGCAAUUAUUUAAAGAAAAUGUAGUGGAUGUUAUUUAAUUAUGUCUCUCCGUUAGGUGUGUAAUAUUAAUUGGGUUAGUGUAUUUGUGUCUAGGUUAUGAGUGUUUCUGGCUGUUGCGUCUAAAAUUAAGAUUGGAAGUGGCAGAAUAAGCCAACCGUAGUUUAUGUAGAUGAUUUUCGACAUCAUCAUCAUUAUCAUUAUUAUUAUUAUUAGAAAUAUUAUUAUUAUUAAUAAUAUUGUUAUUGUUGUUGUUGUUGUUCAUUUGAACUAAGGUUGCCUCACGGCUUUGCUCAUUGUGUAUCAGCUACCAAUCGUGAACAGUCAGUGUCGCCAGCUUGUGUGAUUACGCAUAAGCUGUAAUCAUAUAUUUGUCCAUUAUUUUGGCUAAAUAUUUACUCUGAAACUGGAAAAUGCUCAUGAGGUUUUACUAAAACCAAUUGUCUUGUGUACAAAACUGUUAGGCAGUGCCCGGGUCUCUUCGUGAUAAGUGUCCUUGUACGGGUACAAAUGUCUUUAGAAAAUGACUCUCCGUGUUGUAUCCCAUCUAAAUUGAUACAGCUUGGCUGGAAAUCUCACCAGUGGCUUACUGCUAAUGAAUUAUUGUUCCGUGCGAGUUAUUUCGAAAUCAUGUUUCUAUAUGUUAGUAUGGUCAGCUAACUUGAUACAAGCGACCUUUUGGUAUCACAUGUAAUGAAACGUAGAAUUAGGGAUUACUUUUACCAAACUGUCAUUUAAAUGAAACAUUGAGCAUAUUCAUCUAACAAUUUGCAUUUGUUGUUGUAACAAACCUGAAUGUGCCAGUAACCCAGGGAAUGCGUAACUGUCGCAGCCUCUAAUUAACAGUUUUCCACCAGUUACGAGCAAAAAUGUUUACAUUAGAGCAUGCUCCUUACUAUCACGUUUUAGCUCUCCUCGUGUGUGUUUUUUAUUACUAGCCUAUAGAUCUAUCAGAUGAGUUGUCCCUACCUUGCAGGAUGAGAAGAUGUCUAACUUAUUGUAAAUACGUGAAUAACCCUGGCUCUUUUUAUGGAAUGCGUUUUAUAUUUCUAAGAAGGCGGGUUUGGGAAGGGACCUCAUACUUGAAUGAGCAGAUAGACGUAAUCUUUUGGAUUUUUAGUUAUUGUUUACAUGUCUUUGUCCAGAAUGCCAUGAGAUUCAACUGUAUUGUCCAAUA